CUGCGCUGCAUUGGUGAAAAACAUGGCGGCGCGCAGUAGAUCGCCCUUGCAGUUAUUUUUAUCAGCUCAGACAUCGCGUGUGAUCUGCAGCAGAAAUGUGCAAGUUAAAAGUGCAGAAGCGACGCCAGUAUAUCCACCGAUUUUACCAUCUCGCACAGCUAAGAGUAAAUCUGCCAAAAGGAGAGUGUUACUGGAGUGCUUUGACCGGCUGCGCACAGUCGAGCCUCAGGAAAAGAUCCGUGCUCUUACCCGCAUCCAGCGCAUGAAAUAUGUGAUUUGUCCUCAGACCCCGGCUGUCGGAGCGGAUAAAUGGUACCAGCAUUUCACCAAGACGGCGUUUCUUCCGGGUCUCCCGGAUGAGCUGAGCUCUCCUACUGACCUGGAGGAGGCUGUGGGGUCUGAGCUGCGCUCCAUAGUGUGUGACGCUCUCCUGCAGGAGCACUGGCACAUGAAAAAAGGCAGGGCAUUCAUUCAGAAAGAGUACAAACAGUUUGCUACCCCAUUUCUGAAGAAUGCUGUGACUGGGCUUGUUGCCUCAUUGGCCAGGACAAAUCCUGUUCUCCAGCUGUCUAGCUUAGAUCUGUCUCCUCAUGUUAACUUCUACUGGGUGAAUGGAGAGAGGACUAUUCCACGAGGACAUCGGAGUGGCAGAGUCGAGCCACAGAGGUUCCAGAUUGAUGACCGACCUCACAGUCAGAUACGCGUCAGAAAGCAGCUACCUGAGUUCGUGCCACUCGAGACAGAGGUAGCUGCUGAAGUGCCAGUAAUUCAGUUUGCUCCUGAUUGCCUUCCUUUGUUCCGAAGACAGUAUGAUAAUAACAUCUCCACAGGUGCUAAACUGCAAGACCCGUGCUGCUACGGUCACACACAGUUCCAUGUGGUCCCUGAUAGGUUCCACAGGGACAGACAAAUUGCUAAAAAUCUUUCUGAAAAUACUGAAGUGUUUUUACGGGCCAACGCUAUCGCAAGCCUCUUUGCAUGGACGGGAGCACAAGCCAUGUAUCAGGGCUUCUGGAGUGAACAGGACUUGAACAGACCGUUUGUUUCCCAGGCUGUGAUCACAGAUGGGCAGUACUUCUCUUUCUAUUGCUAUCAGCUUAACACAUUGGCCUUAAGUUCAUUCUCUGUUCCCGACAACCCACGCAAGAACCUGUGCUGGGGCACUGAAAGCUUGCGCCUGUAUGACAAAGUCACUAAUGGAGAUGUGGUUGGCUGGAAUGAUGAUGUAUUUAAGCUCCUUGUAAAAUUUCUGCUGAACAAGGCAUAAGUUAAAUCAAGAGCACUUGAGGAUAAAAUAAAAUGUAAUAUAAUAUUAUGCCACUGGGUAUUGCAGUUGUUAUAUGAAAUCAAAUAUGUCUGGUUUAAAUGUUCAUAUUAAAGGAAUCAAAUACCAAUCUAAUGUGGAUU